AUGAGCUCAUCGGAUUUAAAUUUUUACAUAAAUAAACAUAGAAAAGCGUAUGAAGAGAGAUUAAAGAAGGAGCAGCAAAAUAAGGAGAAAAAAGAAAAUUGUGCAGGCGAAAAUGUGGUAGAAAAUGUGGUAGAAAAUGUGGUAGAAAAUGUGGACAAAAAUAUGAAUACAAACGUAAGCGCAAAUGUGAACAAACAUGUGGUUGACAAUGUGGGCACAAAUGGAGACCAUAAUUCUGGUCAAAAUGCCAAUGAGGAAAGGAGACAUUUAACAAAAGAAGAAAACUUAAAUCAGGUUGAUUCUGAUUUUUUGUAUGCCCUUAAAUUGAAUGAGACAUUAAACGGCCCUUCAGAAAAUAUGAACGGUUCAGGUGAAAAUUUAUUAAACAAUACAAGUACAUCAAAUAGUGAAUAUAAGGCUAUAAGUCCAAAUGAUCAUAAUGAAGAUAAUGUUAGAAAACCAGACAGUUCCUAUGUUGAGUGCCUUUUGGGGAAUAACGAAUUAAUGCCAUUUGGUGUAAACUACAGCACCAGAAAUGGUAAUUUGAAGUCAAGUUUUUUAAAUAGUAAUAGAUCGGGAGGAAACCAUAACCUUAAUCAAAAUAUUAGUAGUAACAUUAGAAAUAAUAUUAGUAGUAAUAUUAGUAGUAAUAUUAAUAGUAAUAUUAAUAGUAACAUUAGUAGUAAUAUUAGUAGUAAUAUUAGUAGUAAUAUUAGUAAUAGCAAUUUAAGAGCACAUAACAAUCGAGGGCAGAAUAAUCGCAUGAGCACCAAUUGUCCCAUUGUCAACAACCAUAACAGUAGAGACAUCUUUAACAUGAGCGAUAAUUAUCACAUAGGAAGCAGAUACCACAUGGGGAGUAGUAACCACUUGCGCAGCAAUUAUCACAUCAUUGACAAUUACUACAUUAUGGACAAUUUCCACAUGAGCAACAACUAUGGUUUUACGAACAGUUACAACAUUAACGACAAUUAUCAUGUUAGAGGUAACUACCACAUUAGAGAUAACAACCAUAACGAUAACUUCCAUAUCAACGAUAACUUCCAUAUCAACGAUAACUUCCAUAUCAAUGAUAACAUCCACAUCAAUGAUAACUUCCAUAUAAACGAUAACUACCAUAUCAAUGAUAACAUCCAUAUCAAUGAUAACUUCCAUAUCAACGAUAACUACCACAUCAGCGAUAACUACCACAUCAGCGAUAACUACCGCAUCAGCGAUAACUACCGCAUCAGCGAUAACUACCGCAUCAGCGAUAACUACCACAUCAGCGAUAACUACCGCAUCAGCGAUAACUACCGCAUCAGCGAUAACUACCAUAUCAAUGACUACAUUUCCAUAAAUUCUGAUGACGAAAUUUUGCAUAGGUCCAUUAAUAGCAGGUCGAGGGAUAAUUUAACAACGUACAAAGGAGAAAGCGAAGAUGUGUAUAGUGUGAAUGAUGAAAAUUUAUCGCUAACGCCAAAGCAGAAUAAAAAACAUGUAGGGGAAGUUGACAGUGUUGGUAGAAAUGGGCAAAUAAAUGCAGCAGAUGCCAUAUGUGAAGAGAUGAAUGGGAUAAAUAGAAAAGAGAAGGAAAUAAACGUCAUCUGUGAUAGUGCUAAUAAUGAUGGUAUACAAUGCAAUAGUAAUAUUUACCCUCCUUUAAACGACUAUGCAUGCAAUCGUGGUAGUUACAACGAUCAAGAAAGUAGCUCAAUUGAAGAAUUGCAUAUAGACGGGAAGGAUUCGGGGUGUAAAAAAAAUAAGAUUAAUUGUUCAUCUAAAGAUUUUGAAAUACAUGGUGAAAAUGAUAUAAUAGAAUAUAAAAAUCGAAUAAAGGAAGGGGGGAAUUUAAAUAAUUCACCUGCACGUUCAGGUGAUAGUAUGCAAUAUGAGCGUAUUGAUAAAGGACAUCAUGAAUACAGUGAAGAGUUAAUGAAUAAUAGGAAAGUGAACGAAGAUGGGAAUAAGAAGAAUUGUAGUUCGUCCGGAAGUUAUGAAAGAAAAGUAGAUAAUGAGGAGAGGGAAAGGAAUAAAGAAAAGCAGAACGAAACGCAGAACGAAACGCAGAACGAUAACGCAUUACAUAUGAAUACUACAAAAACGAAAAAUAUAAAAGAGAGUGGAAAAAAAAAAAGAUUUAAAGAUAAAAACAUCCUUCUUAUUAAUGGCUCCCAUAAUGGUAGUGACAACUUUUGUGAAAAUUCAAAAACAUCUCCUUACAGUUUGAGGGGUAUAAAGAAUGAAAAAGAUGAUAAAAAAAAAUUAAGUAAUAAUAGAGAAACGUUUUAUGAUACUAACGAUUUCGAAAGUAAAGGGAUGAAUCCUUAUAUGUGGGGAGGAGAUGCUAUCAGUGUUACGUUGCACAGUGAGAACGGCAUGAAUAAUAGAGUUGUUAGGGAAAGUGGAAAGAAGGUAGAAGGAGUUCAUGAUGUCAGCAGUGAUAAUGGAAGUAGUAAGGAUAAGGGCCCCUUAGAUAUAGAUAGCAUUUGCAGGGGAAGGGUUGAUAGCAAUGGUGGUGCAUCUAAUAACAUGGAUUCGUGUGUUACAUUAUCUAAAGAGAAGUAUUUUCCUAAUGGGUAUGUAGAAAAAAAAAAAGAAACUUUACAUGGAAAGGGUGAGGGUAUUAUCUUAAAUAAAAGGAAACCUAUUUUUUUUUCUACAAAUAAUAAAUAUAACAAUGAUGAAAGAAGAGAAGGAGGUGAGUACUCAAACAGUAAGUUUAACGAAUUAAUUUAUAACAGUGUAAAUUCAUCUUACAAAAAUGAAGCAUAUGGUAAUAAUGUAAAUUAUAUGAUGAACAAGGAAAUUAUGACAAGGAAUGGUAGCAGUUUUGUGAAAGAUAAUAGUAGUAAUGGGAUAAAUAGUUUAAAUGUAUAUACAUGUAACGAUGCAAUAAUUAAUGUAGAUAGAACAUCAAAUAUAUUGAUAGAUGAGGAUUAUAAGUACAGCAUAAUUGAAGACAGACAUAAAUAUGAUAAGGCAAAUGUGAGAAGCAAACAUUUGGGUAAUAUUAGUAGUAGUAAUGGUAAUAAUAUGAGUAGUAGUAAAGAUAAUAAUAUGAGUAGUAGUAAAGAUAAUAAUAUGAGUAGUAGUAAUGAUAAUAAUAUGAGUAGUAGUAAAGAUAAUAAUAUGAGUAGUAGUAAUGAUAAUAAUAAUAUUAGUAGCAAUGAUAAUAAUAUUAGUAGUAGUAAUAAUGCCAUUUGUAGUUAUUAUAAACAAGGACAUACGCGCUCUAAAUCGAAGGAUAAAAAUUGGAAAGACGUAAACUAUUAUAAUGUAAUGAAUAAUAAGGCAAAUAACGACGAUGGUUCAUGUCAAAUAGGUAAUUUGAAAAUAAACAGUACGAUUUCCGGUGGGAUGAAAAUGGAAGCAAUGCGCAAUGAGAGAAACGCAAAUGGGGAAAAAGCAGCAACCAUGGUCGAUACGGUUGACAUGGUUGAUGUGACUGGCCUGACUGGCAUGAUUGAUGGAAAUAAUGGGGUGCAUGGAAAUUCGGACAGAAUUUUAUAUGAUGAAACAGCAGUAAUAUUUGAUGAAGAAGGAUUUAACAGAGACAGCAAGCAUUUAAAUGAGUCAAGUAGGAACAGUGAUGUGUACAUCUAUGGAGAGAAAAAACAGCAUAGUAGUAAAAUUGAUAAGCAGCAUGCCGUAAGUAAUAAUUGGAACAGUAUGAAUAAUAUGAAUAAUAAUAAUAAUUUGAAUAAUAAUAAUAUGUAUAAUAAUAAUAUGCAUAAUAAUAAUAUGCAUAAUAAUAAUAUGCAUAAUAAUAAUAUGCAUAAUAGUAGUAAUAGUAAUACCUACAACGGCGAAAGUAAAUCUAAGAUAAAAAAAAAAUAUUUGACUUAUUACCCAUAUGAUAGGUCGUUCAACAAGUCGAGUGGAAUAAAUGCGAAUAAAUUGUAUAACGAUAGUCCGAAUGACUACCCUAUUUGCUCGUCAAAUGAUGUAAAGGUAUUAUCACAGCCUGACGUAUAUACCUUAGAUGAUAAAGGUGCAACUAGCGAUGGUAACGAUUUAAUGAAAAUGCCAAAUCAAUACCAUGAUGUUGAUGGGGAUGCUUAUAAUGGUGAAUACACUAAUGUAAAUGAAAAUAUUAUAAACGGAGUUACGUACGAUAUAGAUGGCGAUAAUAAUAAUGUAGUACAAAAUUUUAACCAAGGCGUAGAUAAUACUGUUAUUCCCCAUACUGUUUCAAGUGAAGAAGGGGAGAGCGCAAAUGAUGAAGAUUUUAAUGUCCAGCAAGCAAUCAUCAACAGUUUGAUUGAUUUGUAA